AUGGAGGCUGUCCCUCCAGUCAGAUCCAGUCUCUUGGGGGUUCUGCUGCAGGUGGCGAGGCUCUCAGUGCUGGUGGUCGAGAACCGAGUCCACCUCUACAAUUUUCUGCUCCUCAAGAUCAUUCUCUUCAAUCACUGGGUGUCUGGGCUGGCCCAGGAGGCCAGGGGCUCCUGCAACAGGCAGGCUCCCCCAGUCCCAGGCAUCUCAGCCUGCCCCCUGGGCCAGGCUCUACGGGCGGGGUUGGCCCUGAUGCGGGUCCCUGUGUGGCUGGUGUUGCGGGGACCCAGGCUGAUGUGGGUAGGUGUGCUGGACUGUGCCCGGGGCUUGGGCCUGGCCCUGCCACGGCGAAGUGCCUGGGAAUGGCUGGGCCUGUGUGUGGCCCCCUGGAAGGACCUGCUUCUGUCAUGUCUGCACAGCCUAAUGCUGUUGGCUUUGCUGCUGCUGCUACUGACCUGGAGGCUAUGCCAGAAGGCCCACCAUUGCAGCCUGGGCUGGCUGCCCAGGAAGAACCGCAUGGUGCUGGAGUUCCUGGUGCUGCUGAAACGUCUGUACUGGUGGGUAGAGAGCAUGGCCGUGCUCACCUCCUGUCACCUGGCCUAUCUCGUCACCUGGACCACCUGCCUCGCCUCCCACCUGCUGCAGGCUGCCUUUGAGCACACGGCCCAGCUGGCCCAGGCCCAGGAGGCUGAAUCCCAGGAGUCCUCAGGGCCCUUGUUGGAGUCCCAAAUCCCUGAGCCCUUGACCCCCGAGGCUGGGCCAGGCCUGCCAGAACAUGGAACCCCUGCAGAAUAA